GUGUGGGCCAAGUCACAUGGAUUGGGUGUGGGGAGUUUCAGUGUUGCAGAACCAGGAAAUUCAUUGCGAAUUAUCCUGAGCUGAGUUAACAAACUGACAAAAGAGAACACGGGAUUUUUUUUCAGAAUGGAUUGGCUAAACGUCUUUAAAGAUUUUUUCAGCAUUGGAAAAGUGAAAAGAAAGCCUAGUGUGCCAGAUUCUGCGUCUCCUGCUGAUGAUAGCUUUGUUGACCCAGGGGAACGUCUCUAUGACCUCAACAUGCCUGCUUAUGUGAAAUUUAACUACAUGGCCGAGAGAGAGGAUGAAUUAUCAUUGAUAAAAGGAACGAAGGUGAUCGUCAUGGAGAAAUGCAGUGAUGGGUGGUGGCGGGGUAGCUACAAUGGACAAGUUGGAUGGUUCCCUUCAAACUAUGUAACCGAGGAAGGGGACAGUCCUUUGGGUGACCAUGUGGGUUCUUUGUCAGAGAAAUUAGCAGCAGUCGUCAAUAACCUAAAUACUGGGCAAGUGUUACACGUGGUACAGGCGCUCUACCCAUUCAGCUCGUCCAACGAUGAAGAGCUUAAUUUUGAAAAAGGAGAUAUAAUGGAUGUUAUUGAAAAACCUGAAAAUGACCCCGAGUGGUGGAAAUGCAGGAAGAUCAAUGGAAUGGUUGGUCUGGUGCCAAAAAACUAUGUUACCAUUAUGCAGAAUAAUCCCUUAACCUCAGGUUUGGAACCAUCGCCUCCACAGUGUGAUUACAUUAGGCCUUCACUCACUGGAAAAUUUGCUGGCAAUCCAUGGUAUUAUGGGAAAGUGACCAGGCACCAAGCAGAGAUGGCAUUAAAUGAAAGAGGGCACGAAGGUGAUUUCCUCAUUCGUGAUAGUGAAUCUUCGCCAAAUGAUUUCUCAGUAUCACUAAAAGCACAAGGGAAAAACAAACAUUUUAAAGUCCAACUAAAAGAGACUGUCUACUGCAUUGGGCAGCGUAAAUUCAGCACCAUGGAAGAACUUGUAGAACAUUACAAAAAGGCACCAAUUUUUACAAGUGAACAAGGAGAAAAAUUGUAUCUUAUCAAGCAUUUAUCAUGAUACUGCUGACCAGAAGUGACUGCUACACAGUUUUAAUUCGUCAUGUAAUUGAAGACUGAGAAAAUAUCAGCCCAGUCAUCCUUGACUGGAAGUUGCUGUCUCUAACUCUAUAUGAGAAUUGACUAUAUAGUAUAUAAGUAUUUUUAUUAUAAUUCAGCUCAUACAUAUAUACUACAUAUGCCAAGCAUCUGCAUAGAGCAAUUUCUUAUCUUUGGUCUUCUGUUUUAUUGUUUUCUUUGCUGUUUUUCUCUUUGCUUCUAAUAUUAAGGUUUUAUAUUUUAAAAAUGAUGCAGAUCAGAAAUCUUUAUAUGGAAAAAUUUCUUUAUUGCCUUUCCUUUAUUUCCUUAUAAGGGCACCACCUUAGUUACUUUUGCAAUGGUCUUCAUAUAAAAUUAUAUCAGUUAUAUCAAUAUAUGGCAUAUGCUAAAAUACAUUUCUUGGAGAGUUGAUAAUCUUUUCUGUGACUAAAUAGCAAUAAUAAAUGGAAAAUUGGAAAUUAUUUUCAGGUAUUGUAUUUGUCACAAGCCACUGUAAAUAUAAAGUAUGUUGUGUCUGCUAUUAUUUUCAAAAUUCAUUCAUCUUCAGUGUAAAGCAAAACACAUGGGACAGGUUAGAAAACAUACCUUGAACAAUUUAGAUUUACAGCUGUUGGAAACAAAAAUCUCUAAAUUCCUAAGUUUUUUUUUUUUUUUGUGCUUCUCUCUCAUCUGGUUAUUCAAAAGAAUAAAGCAGUCUCUGAGAUAUUUAGCUUUUCAAACUAUAAAUAGAGGCUCUAGUGUUAUUUUUUUCCCCAGUGUUAUUUUAUCAGAGUGUCUUGUAUUUGAAUAUGUUGUAUCUCUGUCAGUGUGAAAAAAGCUCUGGCCAAAUUUUGAGCAAGUAGGAGGCAAUGAGAUACUUGGCUCCCCCUCAUCCCUCCCCUCCUAAACAUCAGUAAUUAUCAGGUAUAAUAUUUAUACUAUUUUCAUUUUCAUCUUUUAGCUUUUGAGUUUUGUUGACUGGGACAAUCAAAUUGAUGUAUACCCGAGGAAAAGCUAAUGGUUAGGAAAAAUUAUUUUUAGGAUUUUAUUUUUACAGGUCCUUCUAUUAUGUUUUUGGUUAUCAAGCAGAAGUUCGGGUGCACAGAGAGGCUACUGUAGAGUAUUGAAUCUACUUCUGUAGGUUGUAGGUUCUGUCCAGUUGUAGUUUAUGGUCACACCUUUCCCCCCAUUAUAAAUUCUGGAGGUUUAAUUUAAGCAAGGUAACCGUCAAUGUUUUAAUUAAAAACACCUGCUAAAACCACAGAACUUAGUAAACAGUAGGAGGUCAUACGAGAUUUUGAAAAAUGUCCCUAAUACC